ACGACCAAGAUGGCGGACUGAGUGGCUGUGGCUAUUUACGAUCUUGUAGCCGUAAAAAAUCGAAUAUAGCUCAAAAUACCCCAAGAGUGGUCUUUUCUAAAGCCCACGAAACGGAAGUUGAGUUUGGAGCGAUGGAGUUUUAGCUGAAGUGAAGAUUGAAGACGUGAUAGAAGAUGGACGACUACUGCUAUGCUAAAAGAGAACAUGAAAGAGAAUCAGCAAGGGAUAAAAAGACGAACAUUGCAGAGGAAGACGUCCAGCAGCUGAUUGGUCAUCCAGAAGAACUGGCAGGAGGGAGUUCCACUUUGAGUCAUGAGACUCCACAACCACCCUGCAUUAAAAAGGAAGAGGAGGAACUCUGCAUCACUCAGGAGGGAGAGUGUCUUCUAGGACCACAGGAGGCUGAUCUCACCAAGUUGCCACUGACUGUUGUCUCUGUGAAGAUUGAAGAUGAUGAAGAGAAACCACAAGUAGACAACUUACAAGCUCCACUGUCAGAUAGUGAGGCUGAAGAUGAGGUUGAAGUAACUUUGAGCAGCGAUACAGACUGUGAAGGUGAUAUGAGGACUCACACUGACAACAAACACUCUGAAUGCUCUAAAAUGAAGAGGGAUAAAAAAUGUUUCAGCUGCUCAGUUUGUGCUAAAAGCUUUACUCAGAAAAGCAAUUUGACUCAACACAUGAGAACACACACAGGAGAAAAAACAUUCAAUUGUUCAGUUUGUGGUAAAAACUUUUUUUAUAAGAGCAAUUUGUCUCAACACAUGAGAACACACAACGGGCAGAAACCUUUCAAUUGUUUAGUUUGUGGCAAAAGUUUUUCUCAAACGAAAAGUUUGACUCGACACAAGAGCACGCACACGGGAGAAAAACCAUUUAAUUGUUCGGUUUGUGGUAAAAACUUUUCUCAAAAUACUUAUUUGACCCUACACAUGAGAACACACACAGGGAAAAAGCCAUUUAAUUGCUUACUUUGUGGUAAAAACUUUUCUCAAAAGAGCAGUUUGACUCUACACAUGAGAACACACACAGGAGAAAAACCCUUUAAUUGCUCCGUUUGUGGCAAAAGCUUUUCUCAAAAGAGAAGUUUGAAUCGACACGAGAGAACACACAUGAGAAAAAACAUUUAAUUGUUCAGUUUGUGGUUAUAAAGUUUUCCCAAAAGAGCAAUUUUGACAACACACACAGGAGUAAGACCUUUUCAUUGUGUAGUUUGUGGUAAAAUCUUUUUUUUAAACGCAUGGAUUUAUUGAACAUAUCAUGAAACACAGUGGCGAAAAAACAUUUAGUUGUACUGUAAUGUAGUAAGAGGCAUAUUCAUGAUCGUAUGUAAUGUUCACAUUAUUCUGAUCAUUUCAACUAUGACCUUAUUAGGUAUUUCCAGGGCGCAUUGAUUUCACAGAGCACAUAGCAACAGAUGCUCAUACUUGCCAACCCUCACGAAUUUCCAGGAGACUCUCGAAUUUCAGUGCCUCUCCCGAAAAUCUCCCGGGACAACCCUUCUCCCGAAUUUCUCACGAUUUCCAGCCGGACAACAAUAUUGGGAGCGUGCCUUCAGUGAGGACAGCCUGUCGUCACGUCCACUUUUCCUCCAUAUAAACAGCGUGCUGGCCCAGUCACGUUAUAACAUCUACGGCUUUUGGAGCUCAGUGCGCAACUGCACACACAACAAGAAGGAGACUAUUAUAUAUGUCUCCGUUAUCCAUAGGUUUAUCUAGAACCCAUAAAGUAGGCAGGCACGGGGCUAUUUCUCAGCGUGUGUUUAUUCCAGCCGGCACGUUAAUACACUGACACACAACAUCCGGAUUCCCAUCAUGCAUUGCUUCAAAACUACAACAAGUAGUAAUGUCCAAAAACUUAACAGAGACGAAGCAGAAGAACGAAAAAGAGACAUGGCGACGACGAGUAAGAAGGAGUACGCUUGCAAGUUCCAAAAUGAUUGGAAAAAUUAUUUUCAGUUCAUCCAGGACAGCUCAAAGGGGAAGGGGUAUGCUAGGGAGAGAUGGAAGAUUCCAGACUCUAGUGCAUUUGAUGAAGGCACUUUUGUGCGUGCCACACAGCAAUGCAUCAUCAGAGGGGGUGUUCAGCAUGGUUAGAAAGAUAGUGACAGAGAAUAGAACGAGGAUGGACAAUUCAACCCUAAACUCACUCCUUUCCUGCAAAUUACAUUUCACAGAUGCUGCCCAUACCUAUGCUCCUUCAAAAGCUGUCUGGCUGCAGAGCAUUGCACUUUCAAAUACAACAAUGAGUAGAGGAGUGUUAUGUGUGUGUAUAUGUAUGU